UUUUAUUUCAAAGUGUGAAAUUACCAAUGGCUCCCUCUGUCGACAACAAUAAUAUUGUUGUUUCAAGCUUGAAACUUGAAAGAACCCUAAGCAUGAAAGGUGGUAAUGGUGAAUCAAGUUAUGCCAACAACUCUCAAGCCCAGGCAAUCCAUGCAAGAUCCAUGCUACAUCUUCUUGAAGAAACCCUAGACCGGAUCAAACUCCGGUCACCGGAAUCUCCAUUCGUCGUGGCUGAUUUGGGUUGUUCAUCAGGAAGCAAUACGAUCUACAUUAUCGAUGUGAUAGUUAAACAUAUGGUUAAAAGAUAUGAGAUUUUUGGUGGUUAUAAUCAACUGCCGGAAUUCUCUGCUUUUUUCUCAGAUCUUCCAUCAAAUGAUUUCAAUACUCUGUUUCAACUUCUGCCGCCGUUGAUAAAUUACGGCGGAAGUAUGGAGGAAUGCUUGGUAGCAACCAGUCACCGGCCAUAUUUUGCUGCCGGAGUUCCUGGAUCCUUUUACCGGAGACUUUUUCCGGCGAGAUCAGUUGACGUUUUCUACUCCGCUUUUUCCUUGCAUUGGCUAUCUCAGGUGCCAGAGAGUGUGAGUGAGAAGAGAUCAAUGGCUUACAAUAAAGGUAAGGUUUUCAUCCACGGUGCAGAAGAGAUGACAACAAAAGCUUAUAAGAAGCAGUUUCAAAGUGACCUAGCAUCAUUUUUAAGGGCAAGAUCAGAUGAGAUGAAAAAAGGUGGGACCAUGUUCUUGGUUUGUCUUGGUAGGACUUCUGUCGACCCCACUGACCAAGGUGGGGCAGGUUUACUUUUUGGAACCCAUUUUCAAGAUGCAUGGGAUGAUCUUGUCCAAGAGGGACUAAUAAGCAGUGAAAAACGAGAUGACUUCAACAUUCCGAUAUAUGCACCAAGUCUACAAGACUUUAAGGAGGUUGUGGAGGAAGAUGGUUCAUUCACAAUUGACAAUCUUCAAGUUUUCAAAGGAGGUAGCCCGUUAGUUGUUAAUUGCCCCGAUGAUCCAAUUGAAGUGGGACGGGCCUUAGCCAAUAGUUGUAGGGCGGUUAGUGGGGUACUAGUUGAUGCCCAUAUAGGGGAUCAAAGGAGCGAGGAUUUAUUCAAGCGGGUUGAACGUCGAGCCACUAACCAUGCAAAAGAACUUUUGGAGCAACUACAAUUCUUUCACAUAGUUGCAUCUCUAUCAUUUCCAUAGUAAUAAUAAAUCAAGAUGGUAAUCUACUAGUACCAACAAACAACCACUACCUUAUCAUAUGUAAACUUUAUGAUGAUGGGCCUUGUGUUUAUUAUUGACUUGGUCUUUUUA